AUGUCUUCGAAGCCCCGCCCCCAUGAGGGGUGCUACGUCUCCAUAUCACCGCAGCACUUCAUCGUUGGUCAUCUGCUCAGUAACGAAAUGAAAUCACAAGACGUUACCUCUAUGAAUCUCUUGCCUUCUGCUUUAUCUAUCGACUCUUAUACGGAUACCUGUGCCCCUAUGGCUUCCUAUCCAACACUGCCUCUUCAGCAGCUAUUACCUUUCAAUUUUCUUCUGAACCCUUCGAUGCUAUCGUCAUUUCUACCUCCUCUUCCAAGCCAACUUACAUCUGCCUCACAAUCCCCGUUUGGGUAAGU